ACUCCCAAAGUGACUGAAUCCGAAAGUAAUCAUGGCGUCGAAGCAAAUGCUCUGAUCCUUAAAUCGAACUCUCUUUUACGCUCGUAUAUUCGUUUUUACAUUUUUCAAUCAAAAGGGGGAAGAUUAUUCAGUUUUCGGUGAAACCCUAUCUACAAAUUCGAUCUUAAACCCUAAAAAAGAUGGUGAAACCCUCCGAUUUCAAAGCAGUUCAUAGACUUAUUCAGUUGCAUUGCAGUCGAGUUAACGUGGUCGCGACGGGCCGGUCAAAACUUUCCGCUUUGUCUUUUCCGGCUCUUCCUUCAAAUGGGGUUUCUCAGCUUCAGCCUAAGUCCGGUUUCCACAGCUUUUCGUCGCGACCCACUUUGAAAAACUUUGGCUUGUCCCAGAUUCUUCCCUCAAAUGGGGUUUCUCAGCUUAAGCCUAAGACCAGUUUCCACAGCUUUUUGUCGAGACCUACGUCGAAAAAUGUGGGAUUAUUCCAGAUUCUAUCAAGUCCUAAGCUCGUACCUAGUUUGCAGAAUUGUGGCGUAGCCUUGGUUAAGCCCCGUGUGAAUAUGAACUUUGCAUCGGCUUUUAGAUUGUUUUCGAGCUCUGGAUUCCGAAAGGUCGAUGGGAAUUUCGCUAGGAAGGUUGUUGACAAGCCAAUCCAAGCUGUUAGUUCGACUUUUGCUAGAUACCGAAUGGCUUUAGGGUUGCACAUUGAUGCAUUUUGGAAGAAGAAUAACCUUUUGGUGUUUGGAGCAGGGGCUGUUUUUGUUUGUAUUUUCUUGUGGAGGAUCAUGUUUGGAAUUGCUAGCACAUUCGUGGGUCUCUCUGAGGGAAUGGCCAAGUACGGCUUCCUUGCUCUCUCCUCUGCCAUUGUUGCAUUUGCUGGUCUAUACCUUCGCGCAAGGUUCACGAUAAAUCCCGAUAAAGUCUAUAGGAUCACCAUGAGGAAGCUCAAUACGGCGGCUGAUGUUCUUGAAGUUAUGGGUGCCCCUCUGGCAGGAUCAGAUUUGCGUGCUUAUGUGAUGUCAGGUGGUGGCAUAACAUUCAAGAGAUUCAAGCCAUCAAUUAGGAACAAGCGUUGCUUUCUCCUAUUCCCGGUUCAAGGUUCUGAGAGAAAGGGCCUCGUUAGUGUCGAAGUGAAGAAGAAGAAAGGCCAGUAUGAUAUGAAGCUACUGGCAGUGGAUAUUCCAAUGGCGUCUGGUCCUGAUCAACGUUUAUUCCUUAUUGGUGAUGAAGAAGAGUACAGAGUCGGUGGUGGUUUGAUCUCUGAGUUAAGAGAUCCUGUGGUAAAAGCAAUGGCAGCAACCAAAGAGUUUGAUAACCUUGAUAGAAUUGAAGAGGAAGAAGACGCAGAAAGAGAACUUCAAGAAGCCGAAAGAAAACAGCGUGAAGAAGAGGAAAGAAAGCAGCGUGAAGAAAUUGAACUUGAAGAAGAGGAAAGAAAGCAGCGUGAAGAACUGGAACUUGAAAAAGCGGAAAGGAAGCAGCGUGAAGAAACUGAGAAGCUCGAGAAACAGAGUUCUUAGUUGGUUCUGUCAUACAUGCACACAAACUUAACAUCUUCAGUGGAUAUAGAACAUCACCACAAAUCUGUUCAAUAGCCUAACUUUUGCAGAAUAAAUUUCAGAGUAUUUUACAGUUUCUAGUUUGUAAUUUUUCAGAGGAAAAGGUGCAUUUUGUGACUUUGUCCUAUGUAAACUGGUUUUGGCUUGAAGAAGGAUAAAGUUUAUGUCUUUCCGGUUA